AGUCUUGUUUUUGUUCGUUUUCAGGGCACACAAAUUGUCCGCAAGUUAGGAGCGGGUGAUGCAGCAGCGUACAGUUGGUUCCAGUAUAUUUACGCAAAUUUAGAUAAGUUUUCUAACGAUGCUACAGCAAAUAUAACAUCUAAUGAUGUUAUAAUGAUGCUGUCUACAGCUGCCCGUGCUUUAGGUGUCGACGCUGCCAAGUUUCAGGAAAUGAUGAAAUCAGACGAUAUAGAAACAGCAACAAGAGCCGCAUGGAAAUACUCCUGUUCACGGGCAAUAGCAGGCACACCAACAUUCCUUGUAAAUGACGUCUUAGUUGCUGCCGACCCAACAUGGACGCUAAAUGAUUGGAAACAAGUAAUUGAUCCGCUACUUAAUGGAAGCCAGAAAAGAUCAAAAAAGGACUGCCCAAUUGACACAAAGAAGUGCGAAUAUUUGCCUGGUAAAGUGGAAUGCUGUACCAAAGGCGAGGCAUGUAUUCCCAAUGUCGGAUGCCGUUGUUUUGAAGAUUCGUGCUCCACUGGAAAGCUGGACGAGCUGAAAAUGGUCAAAAUUAAUCCAAUAGUGGAUUAAUUUUAACCCUAUUGAAUUUUUUAUUAUUCCUUUCGAAAAUAGCACAAGAAGAGUGUUAUAAAUGAAAUGACAGUAAUUGUUUAUUUUAGUUAUUUUAGUCUUGAUUAUUCCAGAUCUAUAUUUUUUGUGAUUUGAUUAAUUUAAUUUUAGAACUA